GAGAGAGAGAGAGAGAGAGAGAGAGAGAGAGAGAGAGAGAGAGACUGACGCAUCACUGGGUGAGUAGACGAGAUUCAGUCCACAGUAUGCAGCCUGCGGAGCGCCACGCGAUCCCCCACUCCUCCCCACACACAAAGCUGUGAGACGCUGAUGGAGACAGUAAGCCCGGUUCCUGAAUGCAUCACAGGCUGGCUGGCUCUGGAGGAGACCGAAGUCCGGCGUGCUUAAAGUAGGCUACGGACACAGGAUUUUUCGCCGAUACCUGCAAGAAGUCGACCAGUGAUGUUGUUUAGUGUCACGUUACGGAUUAAUCUAGAGCAAUAAUCAUCCUUUUGGAGUAAUAUUCAUCUGCAGAAAACCGCAAAAGGAACAAAAGGAUUCCAUACAUCUGUGAUUGGCUGUGAGACUACCCUGACCCUGCAAAAUUGAAGAUGAUGUUGCUAUGGAAACUACUCAUGCUGCACUCACUUAUGGGCUGCCUCGCAGAGAGGGUUGGUGCCGCCGUGCAGAGUCCGGCGUUCAGCAAGCAGCCGGGCAGCAUCGUGUACCCCCUGGACGCCGUGGAGAAGAACCGGGAGGUGAUGUUCAGCUGUGAGGCCCAGGGGAUGCCCCCCGCCCUCUACCGGUGGAAACUGAAUGGCACAGUACUCAGUGUGAAAUCCAGCGGCUCCCACUACAGCCUUUCCGGAGGCAACCUGAGAAUCAGCCGCCUGAACAAGGACCACGAUGCUGGAACCUAUCAGUGCCUCGCCUCCAACUCCUUUGGGACCAUCGUUAGCCGGGAGGCCAGUCUCACAUUUGCAUAUCUAGAAAACUUCAAGACACACAAAAGAGGCUCAGUAUCGGUGCGGGAAGGACAAGGGGUGGUGCUACUGUGCGGACCUCCUCCACACUCAGGAGACCUGAUGUUCUCCUGGAUCUUCAACGAGUACCCCUCGUUCGUGAAGCAGGACCACCGGAGGUUCGUGUCCCAGGAGACGGGGAACCUCUACAUCGCCAAGGUGGAGUUGUCGGACGUGGGGAACUACACCUGCGUGGUGACCAACACCGUCACAAAGACCCGGGUGCAGGGGCCGCCCACACCGCUGGUGCUACGCAGCGACGGUGUGAUGGGCGAAUAUGAGCCAAAGAUAGAAGUGCAGUUUCCAGAGCUGGUCCACGGGGCCAAGGGAUCCACGGUGAAGCUGGAGUGUUUUGCGCUGGGAAACCCUGUGCCCUCCAUCAGCUGGAGACGGGUGGACGGCGUCCCCUUCGCCAGGAAGGUAGACACGCGGAAGGUCAGCGGGGUCCUGGACCUGCCUUACUUCCAGCAGGAGGACGCUGGCACCUACGAGUGUGUGGCCGAGAACUCCCGGGGCCUCAACACUGUGAAGGGGAAGCUCUCUUUCUACGCUCAACCUCAUCUCAUUGAGAAACCCCAAGACGUCCAGAAGUCCAUCGACGACUCGCUGGUGUGGGAGUGCAAGGCGACUGGGAAGCCCAAGCCCUCCUAUAGGUGGAUGAAGAACGGGGAGAACCUGGAGCCCACAGAGGAGCGCGUGCAGGUAGCCAACGGAGCCCUGUCCAUCAGCCGGCUGACCCUGGCUGACGUGGGGAUGUACCAGUGUGUGGCAGGAAACAAGCACGGCGAGGUCUACUCCAACGCAGAACUCCGAGUCAUAGCCGUUGCUCCGGACUUCGGCUCGACCCCGGUGAGGAGCCAGACGCUGGUGAAGGAGGGGGGAGAUGUGCUCAUCGAGUGCAAGCCAAAGAUGUCUCCUUGGGGUAUCAUCUCCUGGAAGAAGACUGCCGAGCCGCUCCGGGAGAGUAACAGAGUUUCCAUCCUGGAAAACGGUAAUCUGCGGAUCUGGAACGCGACCAAAGUGGAUGCCGGCGUUUACACCUGCCUGGCCACGAACCAGUUUGGUGUCGCCAGCAGUUUUGGGAGUGUCACAGUUAAAGAGCCUACAGUGAUUGUCACCCAACCGUCCACCAUGGAUGUCACGGUGGGCGAGAGCGUCAUCCUGCCAUGCCAGGUGACCUAUGACCCCUCGCUGGAGCUCAAGUUCACCUGGUUCUUCAACGAGCAGCUCAUACACUUCGCCAACCAUGGGGGGUACUUUGAAAAAGUGGGCGGACAGCAUUCGGCUGGGGACAUAAUGAUUCGAAACGUGCAGCUGAAGCAUGCUGGGAAGUACACGUGCGCCGUGCAAACCAAGGUGGACAGCAUCUCCAUAGCUGCCGAUCUGGUUGUCAGAGGUCCUCCUGGCCCACCAAACGGCAUCCAUGUGAGUGAGGUCAGUGAAACCACCGUUUCCCUGUCCUGGAGGCCCGGCUCCGACAACCACAGCCCCAUCACAGCCUACACCAUCCAGGCCCGAACGCCCUUCUCCCUGGGUUGGCAAGCAGUCACCACAGUUCCAGAGUCGGUGGGGGGUCGCCAGCUGACAGCCACAGUCACAGAGCUGAACCCCUGGGUGGAGUAUGAGUUCCGGGUGCUGGGCAGCAAUGCGGUGGGCACGGGGGAGCCCAGCAAGCCCUCCAAACAAGCCAGGACAAAGGAGACCUCUCCGAGGGUCACGCCUGCUAAUGUGAGCGGUGGAGGCGGCAGUCGCUCCGAGUUAGUCAUCACAUGGGAGCCCGUGCCGGAGGAGCUCCAGAACGGCCCCGGGUUCGGCUACGUGGUGGCCUUCCGCCCUCACGGCGCUACGGGCUGGAUGCAGGCGGCCGUGCCCUCCCCGGAGGCCUCCCGCUACGUCUUCAAGAACGAGAGCAUCCAGCCCUUCUCCCCCUUCCACGUCAAGGUGGGCGUGUACAACAACGUGGGCGAGGGCCCCUUCGGACCCGUCAGCACCAUCUACUCAGCGGAGGACGAGCCAGGAAGGGCGCCCACCAGGGUGCGUGCCAAGAGCCUGUCUGCCUCGCAGGUGGAGGUCUCGUGGAAAGCCCUGCCCUGGAACGUUAGCAAGCGGAGGCUUCUGGGCUACGAGCUGCGCUAUUGGCCCAGGAGUGAGAAGGAGGAGAGUGCCAGCGUGCAGCGCACCGUGGGGAACCAGACGUCCAGCGUGCUGCGCGGGCUGAGAGGCAGCACGUACUACUACAUCACCGUCAGGGCGUACAACACCGCCGGCACGGGCCCGCCGGGGGGCACAGUCAACGUCACCACCAAGAAACCACCCCCUAGCCAGCCCCCGGCCAAAGUGAUGUGGAACACGUCCAACUCCAAGAUCAUCGUGAACUGGGAGCAGGUCAAGGCCCUGGAGAACGAGUCGGAGGUCACUGGCUAUAAAGUGCUGUACAAGAGGAACCGACACAGCCCCGCCAACGUCAUGGAGACCAACACGACGUCCGUGGAGCUGUCUCUGCCCACCGACGAGGAGUACAUCAUCCAGAUCAAGCCCUUCGGAGAGGGAGGCGAGGGCAGCAGCAGCAGGCAGAUCACCAUCCCCAGGAUAGCAGGUCCCAAUGCCAUUGGCUCAGCGUCCAAAGUCUCCACGCUGUCUGCACUCAGCACAAUAGCGCUGUCGUUCACAGCCCGGACCUCCUUAUGACAGACCAGUGCACCCGGCUGGCUCUGCACCUGACCCGGGAUGGGUGGUGCGUGGUGGGGAGGGUUGGUGAGGAAGGUUGGUGGUGAGGGUAGGGGAAGCUAAUAGCUAAGUAGCCCACUCUGACGUAGUACCUACAUCUCAUUCAUUUGAGUUUUAACGGGCCAAGGGAAAGACAUGGUGGAAAUGAGGAGGGAAACAUCCAAACAUACUCACUCACACACACACACACACACACACACACACACACACACACACACACACACACACACACACACACACACACACACACAGAUACACAUGCACACACACACAAAUCAAAAAGAGGGAUUGAGAUGCUAAGGGAGAGGUAUGUCUUGACUCUUGUUGUUACCAAAGCAGCUUUCAUAACAAAAUAUAAAAAAAACGUUCCAAUGAAGAAAAAAAAGACAACGAAAACAAACGUCCGUCAUUUUGUAUGACAAACAUGGUUGAGCUUUUAUAAAUCUGUUUUCUGUUCAAUCCACUGGACAUUGACUGAGCCCUGCGUGUGUGGCAGGGACGACUGGGACGGAUGUUAAGAUGUGAACAUUGGGCUAGGAGAUCUAAACGGACUGGCCCGGGAGGGGCUGUGAAUGUUAUUUAGAAGUACGCUUCUUCUAAAUUCAAAUCUUUACUUUAUGGUAUGUAUAACUUUCAAGAAUUAGUUCUUGUUUUGUUGUUCAAAUGAAACAUUGCACUUAAGCCAUCCACAUCACAAACACCUAUUUAUUUGUUGUCGUCAAGGUUCAUCACUUAAUGUAAACCUAUUGUUUAAGACCUAUUUUUGUCUCCACGGAGACCGCGAAACUCGGACCCCUCCGUUUCGUUGUAGCGAUUGCACUGGCGACACACCCCAUAUGGUUGCCCCAUGUUUUCUUUCCGCGUAUCUCACCUCUUCUAUUUAACACGUCUUAUUCUGUAACUUAUUUACGACCAUGUUGUUAACCGCCCGCGUCUAGAGCUAUUCUUUGCCUUGUGUGUGCCUCAUCAUACGUUUCAAAAAUCCUCAGGUCCUUAAAGAGCCUUAACUUGUAUGUAUAUCAACUCAAGAGGAAGGAAAUGCAGAGGAAGUCGUUCUCCGUUUCUCUAGAGAGAGAGAGAGAGAGAGAGAGAGAGAGAGAGAGAGAGAGAGAGAGAGAGAGAGAGAGAGAGAGAGAGAGAGAGUAAAGCAACGGCGACGGAGCUGUUUACGUGCUCGCUCGCCCAUGUGUCUAUAUAUAGGUAUUGUACUUGAUAGGGAUUCGGUGGGGCCAGGACUCCUUUGUAUAAUGCUGAGAUUAUCGAAGAUAGAUUGAGCGGCAAUUUUUUUUUGCUGUUUGGCAUGGGUUAUUGGCAAUAUACGAAGCCUGGUACAUUUUUAUGGGUGUGCAAUCUUAAUAAAAAAAAUAUUGCUGCUGACCUGUUGAUUUUCCCAAUAGUUUUCUGUGCCAGCGUUUGGAGCUACUCUGGCGGCCUGCGGGGACAGUCUGUACGUAGCGUGUAGCGUGUAGUUGGGCUGCAUUGUGGGCUACCGGCUACUAAGAAAUGUAAUAUAUGCUGUUUUGUACAACGUGGAAUCAUUUCUAUGAUGAAAAACGACUUGUUUUCUAUGUAAUAGGGCUUUUACAUCAUGCAUUGCAACCUCACAUCGCAAUGACCGCCUCCAGUUUGAAAGCAUAGAAGCAUUGGAAUGUUAGUUAUUAUGUUGGUGAUAAUAAUGUGGGUGUAUUUUUGGUCAUUAUUUGGUGAUUCAUCGUGAAAUGAUUUGUCAUUAUGGGGAGAAAUUGUUUCGUUUUAAAGCGCCACAGCGUUUCUAAUGUGAGACAUGGCAAAAUAAAGUUUUCAUUAGCCUUGGUUCCAGUGUUUCAUAGUUUUAGGGUUUGACAGUGGGCCUUUUAUACUCUCUUGAGUCCUCUCAAUACGACAGAGUAUCGUCAACAAAGAAUCCCAUCAUGCAUCUGGAUGUACAAGCCCUAUAACAUUGUUUCAGGCAGUAGUAGGAGAUGGCGAAUCAGCAUGACUGUACCUUUUCCUCUCUAUCCCUCCAUCUCUCCCUCUCUCUCUCAAUUUCUCUCUCUAUCUCUCUCUCCCUCUUGCUCAAUCUGACCAUGUGGACUGAACUGGCUUCGGCUGACAUGUGAAAAGAUGAACUCUGUUUCUGUAUCUGUGACUGACAGACGGCCGCUCUCCUAUCUGUGCUUCGGUCUCUUGUGUGUGGGGGGGAGGGGGGGGGUGGAGAGAGAGAGUCUUACAGUCUUAGAGGUUCCCCUACAGUCUUAGUCUGAUGCACAUCUGGCCUACAAAUCAUACAUGUGUUCACAUGGAAGGUUCCCUCUGUUACUGUUGGUUGUUUAUACUGUGUUAAUAAAGAUUAUCGAUUUAUA